AUGUACUACUUGGAUUGUGUAUGUACAUUGAUCGAAUAUGAUGAAUCCAAUCUCAAUCGUCUUCGUGACUUCAGAAAUUAUGAUGAUUUAACUGGUAUUGAAGUUCGUCUCUUAUAUAUCACCUGUGUUGCUCUUGAUCCUGAUGAUUUAAUUGGUAAAAUAAUGUUUGAAGAUCGAGAUGGUAAAAUGUGUGGUAAAUCACUUAAUCGAAUGUACGAUUUAGGUGAAGUACAACGAAGUCUUCUGGUACUCAAUUCCAUCGCCGUUGCUGGUCGAACUCGACGAGUGAAGAAAAUUAUGGCUUAUAAACCACGAUGGUUGUAUCAAUAUUAUACACAACCGAUCGCUCAAUUGACAGCUAUUUAUGAACGUCAACGACAACAGCAAGCAGUGCGUGAACUGCUCAAUACAUGUACUAUCUCUUGA